UCUGUCAUGGCGGCAAAGUGGUGUACUGCUUCCUGUAAAAUGCAACUCCUGUAGAGGUUCUUCAUGUAUUGUAGGGAUUAAUUGACACUUUUUGAACUGUCAUGAAACUGGGCAGUCUAGUUGUCCAGCAACUGGAGGAAGAGUCUCCUCUGGUGCAGGCUAUUUUCCAUGGGGACCCAGAUGAAGUUCGAGCCCUGUUAUACAAAAAGGAAGAUGUCAACUAUCAGGACAUUGAGAAAAGAAGUCCCCUCCAUGCAGCCUCCUACUGUGGGGAAGCCGAGAUCGCAGACAUCCUCAUCCUCAGUGGUGCCCGAGUCAACACAAAGGACAACAAGUGGCUGACUCCUCUACAUCGAGCUUGCUGUUCACGCAGUGAGGAAACUGUGGAGACGCUGCUGAAGCACCAGGCGGAUGUGAAUGCCCGAGACAAGAACUGGCAGACCCCGCUGCAUGUGGCUGGUGCCAACAAUGCGGUGAAGUGUGCCGAGUAUAUCAUCCCACUCCUCACCAACGUCAAUGUGUCGGACCGGGCUGGACGCACUAGUCUCCAUCAUGCAGCAUUCAAUGGCCAUAAGGAGAUGGUGCAGCUCCUGCUCGAGAAAGGGGCCACCAUUAAUGCAUUUGACAAGAAGGACCGUCGGGCGGUCCAUUGGGCAGCUUACAUGGGGCACGUUGAGGUGGUCCGACUGCUGGUGGAUCAUGGGGCAGAGCUCAACUGUCGGGAUAAGAAGAUGUACACGCCGCUGCAUGCUGCCUCGGCCAGUGGGCAGGUCAGCGUGGUCAACCUGCUGCUGGACCUGGGAGUUGAAGUUGAUGCUGUCAAUGGCGUCGGGAAUACUUCACUACACGUGGCUUGUCUCAAUGGCCAGGAUAUUGUCGUCAACAAACUCCUGGACAAUGGGGCAACUGUCAAUGCAGUCAACAACAAGGGAAUGACCCCCCUGCACUAUGCUGCGGUAUCAACACAUGGAGGAAUAUGUCUGGAGAUCCUCAUUACAGGUGGAGGCAACGCAAAAACACAGAGUGAGGACGGUAGGACAGCCCUGCAUAUGACUGCUCUGCAUGGUAGAUUUACAAGAGCUCAGACUCUCCUUGAGCAUGAUGCUGAGAUCAAUGCUUGUGACAAGAGUGGAAACACAGCUCUUCACGUGGCAGCUCGACACGGCCAUGAACUGCUCAUUAACACCCUCCUAGAGAAUGGGGCUGAUGUCAUGAAGCGUGGCUGUAGUGGAAUGCUCCCAAUCCAUGUAGCAGCACUGAACGGCUACGUAGACUGUGUACGGAAACUACGCUCUGCGAUGCCAUCCAUUGACCUCAACAUUCCAGACGAUGGUGGGCGCUCAUGUCUUCAUGGAGCUGCCUGCAGCGGGAAGGUGGAGUGUGUGGAGUACCUCCUCCAGGAAGGCUGUGAUUUAACUCGCCAGGAUGCUGAGGGCAGGACGCCCCUGCACUAUGCAGCAGCCAAUGUGCACCAGCAGUGUGUGCUCAUCCUGCUCACAGCAGGUGCUUGUGUCAACAUUGUGGACAGGCAAGGGUGUACUCCUCUACACUACGCUGCUGCUAGCGACGUGGAUGCAAAGGUGGUAGAGCACCUGCUGAGGAACGAUGGGCGGCCAGGACUGAAGGAUGAUGAAGGCAACAAUGCUGUCCACUACGCCGCUCUCAAGGGACACAAGUUGGCCUUAGAAAUGCUUCUGGAUGCCGCAGCGACAGACUUGUUACGGAGCGGGGCAGCAUACUCUCCCGGACAUUUGUCGUCGUACAGUGGUCAUAAUGAGGCUCUCCACGUGUUGCUAGGUUACAUGAUGAAUCUUGAUGUCAAGGACCAGGAUGGCCGGACCAUGCUGGACUUGGCUUGUUUCCGUGGUAACACAGACUGUGUUGAGACGUUGUUGAUACAAGGAGCCAAGAUUCUUGUACAUGACAACAUCACACGGCGCACACCUCUACAUGCUGCAGCAACAAGUGGUCAUACCAAGAGCCUUCACCUUCUGUUGGAGACGGCAGAAGACAGCAACAUCGUCGACUGUACAGAUAUGUAUGACCGGACGCCGCUAAUGAUGGCGGUUGCAAAUGGUCACCUUGAUGCCUCCAUCUACCUCAUUAGGAACGGUGCCAUCGUCAAUGCUCGGGAUCUAGAUGGGAGAACAGCACUACACAGAGGGGCUGCCAAUGGUCACGAGGAGUGUGUGGAUGCACUGCUUCACCACGGGGCAGACAUGUCUCUGAGGGACAACCUGGGACGGACGGCUGUACACAUGGCAGCCAUAUGUGGCCAUGUUGGCUUGCUUGGGUCCCUCCUUCUUAUGGGUCCUGUAGAAAAGUUAGAAGAUACGAAAGGCUACACCCCUUUACAUUUUAGUUGUUUUAAUGGUCAUGAUGGCUGUAUAGAGUUGUUUUUUGAGCAUGACCAGUACAAAUAUUUUACGGGAAACAGUUUCACUCCUCUCCACUGUGCUGUGAUAAAUGGGAAUGAUGCUUGUACUGAAUUGUUAAUAGAGACGUUGGGCACUGAGGUGAUCAACAUCCAGGACUCCAAGGGCAGGACCCCGCUGCACGCGGCAGCUUACUCAGAACAGGGAGAGUCCAUUCAGAUACUCCUUAGUCAUAAGGCAGACGUCAACAUGGCGGACUAUGCAGGCAAGACGGCCAUCAUGUACGCUGCUAUCAAUGGAAAUGCCAGCUCAGUAGAGCUGUUGCUGGAGAGUGGUGCUGAACUUACUGCCUCUGACAUCGAGAGAAACUCACCGCUGCAUCAUGCCUGCUUCAAUGCAAAAGAGGAUGUCGCUCUGUUGUUGUUGGAUAAGAUAGAAGACUCCACAACUGUAAAUAUGGCAAACUCUGAACUCAAAACGCCCCUGCACCUGGCUGCCAAGCAAGGGUUGGUUCCAGUGGUACAGGAUCUCAUAUCAAAGGGUGCCAGUCUCCUGGCCUUGGAUGAGAGUGGCUACACUCCAGCGCUAGCAUGUGCCCCCACAAACAGAGUGGCAGAUUGUCUUUCCAUAAUUCUUGCCCACAUGCCCUUUGGGGGCACACCAAACAACACGUUAAGUCGCUCCAUCAGAUACGAUCAUCAGACGACAGCUUUUGGGCUGCCGAGGACCCUGGACACCGCGGACCAGGUGAGCGGGGGCAGCCCGGCAGGAAGUGUGCAGGACGGGAAGGACUACUCAGGUUCAUAUCAGAGCUCCGACUCCGAGUUCUACUAACAAGUGCAGCAGAUCCAGUCGGCAGCACUCUUGUGUCACUCAAACUUCAGCAGGGAGGUCAUCAUCAUGUACCAGUGAUCAUCUUGUGAUCUCAUGAACACAAUAAUGUUCCCUUCAAACUGUCAACACGCAGGCAGUCAUAGAGCAGUUACUUAACUCUUGUAAUAAUCAGGAAAGUUCUAACUCAAGGGUACAGACAUUCUGGUCAUACUCUAACUUGGAUAUAUGCUUAAGUAAGUUGGCCCAUGGCCUUCUUAUAAGGGCUUAAAGCAUCAAGUCUGCCCUGGCAGUCUACGUGUCUUUUCUCCCUGUUCUGAAUGAGCUCAGUGUGCAGUCCUCACUGAUUAUGACGGGUUCACUUCUUCAAGUAGGCCUUACAGGCUGUUGGUUGAUCUGGCUUGAAAUGACUAUGACCUCCAUAUCAAAGUCUUGACUCUGUGUGAACUUAGUGAACUGGUGUGCAUCACUGAACCUUGGUAAAAGAGUUGUGUGAACUUGCGUGCAUCACCGAGUCUUAGCUCAAGAGUUGUGUGUGAACUUGUGUGCAUCACCGAGUCUUAGCUCAAGAGUUGUGUGUGAACUUGUGUGCAUCACCGAGUCUUAGCUUAAGAGUUGUGUGUGAACUUGUGUGCAUCACCGAGUCUUAGCUCAAGAGUUGUGUGUGAACUUGUGUGUAUCUCAGCACCUUGGCUCAAGAGUUGUGUGUGAACUUGUGUGCAUCUCAGCGCCUUGGCUCAAGUGCUUGUGUGAAUUUGAGUGAAGUUGUGUGCAUCACCGAGCCUUGGCUCAAGAGCUUGUGUGAACUUGAGGAACAUGUGUGCAUCUCCGAGUCUUGGUUCAAGAGCUUGUGUGAACUUCUGUGCAUGAGGGUCUUGGCACAAGUGUUCAUAUCAGAGUUUGUUCUCAAAUAAACUAGCAGGGCUGCUUAUCACAGCACAGACUAUCGGAGUCAUUUUGCUGUACUGAAGCCAAUGCUGACAGUCAGGUACCUCAGGGCUGUGUUGUAUUUCUGUUAUUGGGUCACAGCCCAUAAGAAAAGCUCCAUUUGCUAGGAGUUGCAUGACAACACAGCGAAAAACUGGUAUUUGUAAAAUGAAUAAAGGAUAAAAUGUCAAUGUUUUGACCAAUGUAACAAUUAGGCAAAGAUUUACCUUUGUUAGGAGAAAGUCAUUGUCAUUACUUUCUAAUUGCUGGUUUCAAACUGUAGAUCUGGACCCCUUCUGAGAGAGUGUUCACUUUGGCUGUCACUGAUAUGAUCUUUUCCUCUGUAGAGUCUGGAAUAUACAAACAGCUUUAGCACUGCCCACUUGCAGCCAAUCAAAUCCCUUUUUUAUAACUAGCCAAUGAGAUUCAUUUUCUGUAUUGAUUAUAUGUCAUUGCAUCAUUUUGAGUAAGUUUCACUUCAGUUUGUUGAAGGGUUUGUGAUUUCCUGGAAAUUUGUCUUAGGGAACAUAGCUAAGUUAAUUCUUACAUUUGGUCACAAUCGUCUGUGUCAUCAUGUUUGUUUGUUUUACAUGUCAUGUCACACUGUAUUCAGAGUACACAAGAUCAGUGUCUUCAUGGAAACCUUCCUGCACACCCAACAAGUCCAGUGAGUUAACCAUGUGUAACACUGUUUCCCUGUUUAUUAAGUCAGUGUAGUGGGGUCUUUAAAAGUGCAAGACAUUCAUAUUUUAACUGAACAAAACCAGGGCCCUAUCCCAAAAAUCAUUUUUGCAUUCUUGCUGUCAUAAGUUGGGGCUCAAGUAGUGGAGUUGGAUCAUCUGUGUGCCAAGGUCAAUUUGUGAACAGUGGCCCAGUUGCGAUCAUCAACUGACUUCAGGUUAGGAUACUGUCUGCAGAUGUCUAAUGUCACACUGUUGGUCACUGUCCACACUUGUGAUCAUAGAUGUGUUUGUGUGAGCAAAAGAUCUCUCAUAGAUAUUCCAGAUUUUACAGUGGGGUUUUAUUGUGCCUAGGUUGGUCCCGUAUAAAGGUCAAGAUGUCACAGGAACACUACACUUUACGAGAGUUAACAUUGUUUUUACAGUAAUCUUUUAAUUCCUUGGGAGGGGAGGGUGGGGGAGAUAUUUUGAGGAACUAUUACACAAGGGUGGGUAACUUGUGCUGUAGAGUGUAGAGCAAUCCCCCAGAUACCAAUGAAGUCUGAAUCUUGUCAAAAGUUCGCUGAAGUUGAAAUAUUAUUUUGGAGGCUUCAAUUACAUUUUGACUCCUUGCCAUACCCCUUGAAAGAAAAUUUAAGUAUUAAAAAAUUGUAUAACAUAUUAUAUGUGGACUGUCAACUUACGGGGAUAGAAUGGAUCUUAUACUAUUGGCAGUGGCUCUUGACCAAUGUGAGGACUUGACCUAGGCACAACACUGUUAUUGUUACUGUUAUGAUUUUAUGUGACUGUUAUGUCUUUCACUGUGUUGUUUCUCAAAGCUCAACUUGUUGCAGAUACAUAGUUCAUAAUAAUGACACAAUCUAGCAUUUUGUCAUCAACAGCUUCAACAAUCAGUGUCUCCCAUGAUGUCUGAUACAGAUACACGUUAGGAUGUUGUUUCCUAAAUACCAUUGUCCAUUGUCCACUCUGUGAUUGCCCUAAACAGCCCUGUUCCCGUCCGGACUCCUCCCGCCUUGUUUCAUGGUCAAGUGCCUGCAUCAUUCCACAUGUUGAACAUACCAGUGAUGAAAUACUUCCAUGUACCUAUACUUUGUUAUCUGCAAUGUGGUUGGAGAUUAAUUGCUAAUAGGUUAUAUGAGAUUGAUUGGGGGACAUAAAACCUAAGCUGGUUGAUUGUUUUAUGGGUAGCCUUGUGAACUUGAACUCUUGUUUGUGUUAGACUUGGGUUGCCUUUUAGUGUCAACAAUGAACUCACUCUCAGAUUUGCCUCAGCUGUGAAUAAUUUGUUAUAUCUGUCCCUGAAGUAUUCUGUGGAAAUAUUCUUCCUUUUUAAGCCAGGAGUUUGUCUCCUGUUCAGAGUUAAACAAUCAACCUUUUCAUCGGCCCACCCUAGAUUUGAAGAUCGUCUAUAAAUUCAAUAACCCGGUAAUAUCAGUAGAUAAGAGACUCAAACUGCUGAGUUCAUAUAGCUUGAACAGCUGUUAGACAGAUUAUUUAUAAGUUGGUAAGUUGUAGUGUGUGUAAUAUAUUCAGUAAAAAAAUGUCUGAUUUACUCAAGAUGCCAGAUAACAAGCCAUUAUGAUUGUUUUGUACUGUUGGCCCACUCUCGUGUCCUGGAUAAUCUGUGUCGCAUAGAGUGACUGGCGCGGGACGCAUGUUGAAUAUCACUUCAUGGUUUGGGUUACUGUCCAUUGUUGAUAUUAUGUUUAUUGUUGUAAGUGAAAGGAUGGUUUAGUUCUAUUUAUUUAUGUCAUCAAAUAAAACCCACCAAGUAUCUCAGAAGAAGUUCUGAGAAGCCAUGAAAGACCCCAGUUGAUUUGGUUGGAUGUAAUGAACUGUUGGGUUAGCAUGGGACAGCCUACACACUGGAUGCUUGUCGCCGUGAGAUGGAAUGGGACCAUAUCUUUCAUAGCUGAAUAUCACAGUAAAUAGUAAUUUGUCUCCUGAUUUGACCUACUUAUUGAAACAGUUUUUAUCUCUGGUUGCCGUGAGUGGUGGAUGUGGUGUUCAGCAGUAGUUGUUCCUCUGUCACCACCAAUAGGCUUUGGUCCCUCGACACCUCAGUAUCUCUCCUGCAUGGAUUCCAGGCUUGCAUAGGUCCAUAGCCGGUUCAUAGCCAUAGUCCUGUGCCGGUUGUAAGAGGCAACCAAAUGGAUCUGGUGGUCAGCUUCUGUGACUUGGUUGAUGGCGUGUCAUAAAACUCGAAUAUUGCUGAGUGUGGUGUUAAUCAACAAACAAACAAACCUCAUGAUCUUCUGAUGGGUUUAAUAAAAUCCCAGUGACCAUACUGUAGUCACAUCUGUAGAAACCUUCAUUGAAAGUCUCUUUUUAUUAAGCAAAGGUGGUUACUCUUAUUGCCUAAACAUUUUGGCAAUUCUGAAACUUCACAAUUGUUUUUUGUUUAGAAUGUCUACUGUUGUUCCUUUCCCCAACAAACAUUGUGUCUGUCAUGACUGACACGGUGACAGUCAGAUUUACCACAGUCCACAUGUGGACUCCUAAUACCUAUUGCAUAUAGUCACCCUAUUAUCUGAAGUAUUAUGUGUUUAACACAGAGAGAUAGAUACAUAUAUAGAUGUGUGGUGGGUUUUGUAUGGUAUCUGGGAGUGAGAUGAUGAAAUGUGUGGAUAGCGGUGUGUACUAACACCUUUAGAUGAGACAAACAACUGCACAUAACAGACGUAUGUUCCAACAUGCACACUGCUGCACCACUCUCAUCAAGAUCAAAUCUUUGUUCCUUGCCGUGAAACAAUCAUCUGAAGACGUUCCAUUACGGGAUCUUUUAUGAACUUUCACCAACCAAUAAAAUGACCGAUAUAAAUCAGGAAGUCAACAUUUGCCAAUCAGAAGGCUGCUUUCUCUGGCUUUACGGCACUAGUUGCGAAGUGUCUACUGCCAUUCCAGACUGUGCUUUGAAAACUAAUUUGACCAAUUCUAAAUUCAGAAUUUGAUAACCAAAGAAAAGAAUAUUCUGGAAUGUCUAAUAGAUUGCCAAGAUUGAAUGGCAGUACUCCCCUCAGACUAUGGAAAGCCUUUUUGUUUCUAAUGUUAAUCCCAUUGAAGCGAGAGAUAGAUGAUGAUUUUGAUGGAAUCUGUCGUACAGCCCUGAACUGUCUUUCAGAAGACCCUGUGUUGAGUUUUUUGAGGUUGCAUGAUUAGAAAACACACUCUUUCAUGAUCUGGUAAAGUAACCUCUGGUCAGAUGAAAGGCUGUUUCUGUGUGACCUGGAAUGGAAUGUCCUCAGAUCUUCAUUUAGUGGUAGCGAGAACUAAGGUCUGAUUUUAAUAAGAUUGACUGCUGCAGUGACUUAUGCGUAUACCUGCAAAUGUAUUAAACAUACAAGGAUGUUCAUUUCUUAUAGGACACAGGGUUUCUACAAUUUUUUUGUGCACUAUGAGUUUGUAAGGUUUUGAGAGAUGACGAAAUGGUUUAUUCACAUGUCACAAAUUUCUGCUUAGUAAAGUUAAGUGAAAUAUUUCAUGAUCAACAAAUCAUUUUACCUGCUCUGGUACGACUCGAUAUUAUCGUGGUAUCUGUAAAUAUCGUAAUCCACACCCCGUCGACUGUUGACUUAUGCAAAUCUAAGCACGAUAUUUCAUCGCUUGAUCGAAUACAGGACUCGUUGCAGUAUGACAUAGCUACUCGUAAGUAUACACGUUUUUUUAUGAUAGUUUCUGGAAUGUUGUUUUAGUGGAAUUACCCCUACCUCCAUUUGAAAUUGAUUACAAAAGAACCCAUUUGUUUGGAAGAAGAGCCUUGACCCAACCUAGGUCGUAUGCAUACUAAUUAUGCAUAAUCCCAAACAGGAAGUGAUGUAAAGUACAUAUUCCACAUGUGUCAUACCACAAAAUAGCCAUACCUCGCUAAUAUUGAGUUGCCCAGCUGUCAGUCACUAUUGACAGGUAAAUUGUUUACCGAACUAGGUAAAGAAAAUCAGCAUCGAUCAAUCCUAAUUGAUGUGUCAUAAAAGUUGAACAAGGAAGAAGAAAUAUUUUGCAUAUGAAAUAUUGAAUAAGUUAGUAAGUGUGCACCAUUACGAUCCAUUAUAAAUUAACUGCUGUGAUAAUCUAGCGUACAAGGCUAUAUAUCCAUGUCAAUGUCUGAUAAUAGAUGCUAACGUACAGUAAAAUUGGCAUUGUCAAUAAUCAUUUAUUAGUCCUAUCUUUUGUUUUAAACAUGUUUUAUUGACAUUUGAAAGGUCAAGUGGAUUAGGCAAAAGUCCUGUGUGUUCAGUGACCGCUCUAUACGAGUGUUCAAACUGACAAAUCAUUGAACUUCUUGGAAAGUAUUUGGCAAGUCUGUUUUUCCUACUUACUCCCAGUUUAUACCUGAAGUUUAUACUGCAUGAAGUUAUGUCAUUCAACAAAUGUUCAAAUCCCAGCAUGAGACUCCGGUUUUAUUGCAGCUCCUAGCUGCCAUUGCUCCUACACACACUAUCCAACUCUCAGUAUUCAUCAGUACUGUCUAUUACAUAUGGGGUUAUCUAAUCUAGAGCCAAGUAGGCUUCAAGUUGAACAUCUGUCUCCAUCACUAGAGUCUGACCAGCUAUUGUGGGUCAUCAAUGCACUGCAGUGAUGAGAGGAGUUAUGGGGGUGUUUGUGGUUCAAUGCUCUUUGGGUUAGGACAUGUUGCUGAACCAUCACUUUAGGAUCCUGUCUAUGAACAGCUCCAGAUACAAGGCGUACACAAAUUCCAAACCUACACUCAGACUACUGGGAGUUUGGGGGUUUAUUUGACAUGCACAAAAAGGGAGGUAAUUCUUCCUCAAAAGCACAUAAUUCUUUACUGGCACUUUUGCCUUGAGAUUUCAGGGCGGUGGGGUAGCCUAGUGGUGAAAGUGUUCACUCGUCACGCUGAAGACCCAGGUCCGAUUCCCAACAUGGGUACAAUUUGUGAAGCCCAUUUCUGGUGACAUGAUAUUGCAGGAAUAUUGCUAAAAGUGGCAUAAUAUUACAUUGCUUUCGAAUUACAAUGUAUGUUAUGAUCACACUCAAAACACUGUACACCUUGUAAUCACAAGACAAGGGAGGUGAUCCAUGGUGUAUUUCAAAAUGGCGGCAAUAUUUCAAAACUUUCAGACACAUUUUCUCUGUUAAUUGCAAUAAACUUUAAAAGUGCAAUAAUGGAAAGUUCUACAUUCAUCUCUAAUGUUAUUUCUAGGAUUACGACUUCUCUUAUUUCCAAAAUCAUACUCAAACUUUGAAUAUGGCAGCUGGUGACCUGAUUCACAGCCAGGUGAUGAUUGGAUAGGUUUAUCUGGUCACCCCUGAUGUCAUAUUGCAAUUAUAAACUACCUUUACUGAAAACAAAACCUUGCGUUAUUUUAUGGAUAUACAAAAUGUUACAUGAUGACUAUAUUCCAAACCUAUGGCAAAUCAUAAUGAAACAAGAGUAGUGGUCGAUGUGACAAACGCAGCAUUAGAAAUUGGCACUAGUCCUGCUUUCCUCGCCAAACUGACCAAUACUUAAGGUGUCAUAAGGACUAGCAGGAAUUUGCCCUUUUUGAAAGGUUUUGCUAUAUAUUAUUGUAAGGACUAGUGGACUAAAACUUAGUUUUUAUCGCUGCUUGAAAUGCCCAGUAAUUUGAGUGCGGCACUGAAAUUUAUGUACGUCUUGAAGUCUGGUGUUGCUUGCAGACCUGAUGAAAUGUUACGCUGCCCUCAAGCAUGAAUGUAGCACAUGACAUCAAGGCAUCCAGGUCAUGUAUCCACCCCAGACUGGCCUCGUCCCUGUGAGGUGUGAUCACAUACAGCACUGUCAUGGACUAUUUUGUAUAGAUUUCCUCUGUUUUAAGGCUGUAUAUUUCUAUUUUUAACUAAAUUUUUAUCCUUUUCUAAUUUUUUUUUCAUGAAUUACUUGUUUUCUCUGAUUUGGAAAGACUUUGGUGCCGAAACAAAUACCACUGCCUAUUAAACCGUCAUAUAGGCCACACCUAUUUUGUCCAUGGUUAGAAAGUGGGGAAAGAUAGUUAAGUAGAAAAAAUGUGGAUUAGUGAUAGUUUCUUUUGUUUUCUGUAGCAACAUUUUUUAAAUAGUAUGUAUUUUUUUUUUUUUGAAUGAUGUGAAAUGACGAAUCCAUGGCUUGUUGAAAGAAGAUUGUUCUGAUUGUGAAGUAAGUGUAUUAAUUGGCUGAAGAGCGAAAGUGUCAUUACAGUACUGGAGGAAGGACACUAUCUAAACAGGAAUGUGUAUAUGUAUCAAAGAAUUCUAUUUACAUAUUAGGAAGAUGUUUACUAAUGCAGAAAGUAUAUUUCCAAUAUACAGUAUGUAACAUCACAUACUGUCACAACCUUGUAACAAAUACAGGCUUGGCACAGUGUUAAAUCUUGGUCACUUCUUACCUUUCACUUUAUCAUUGACAGCAUAUUCCACACCAAUUAGCUUUAAAAAGCUUUAUGAAAGAUAUCAAUGUUUCAGAGCCAUCAAUUGAAGCAAUGGCUGAAAUAUGACAGCAUGCACCUCUAACACUUUGAUUUUGAAUGUUUGCAGGAAAGAUAAUCCAUGAAACUAUCAAUAAUGUGUUUUGUUAUAGCAGUUACAAGAGACUGUUGGUGUAUAACACUUUUUUAUCACUCCCCUAACCUGUAUAUGGUUUGUGUAUAUCAAUGUAGAUUGUAUAUCUAGUGAAAAUAAGAUUCAUAUUUUCUCAUACUCAUAUUGUAUAAACCACUUAUUUGUACAUUUCUGAGAUGUAAAAAUUAAUUAUUAUAAUAAAUCUAACUUACAAUGA